GUCUGCUAUUUCCAUCUGUGAGAAGAAACUACAUAAUUUUAUGUCAUAGAGAAAAAGACAUUAGAUUUAGAGAUUGCUGCCGGCCAAGUAGGACGUGAUUGAAUUUGUUGUAAACGAUUUCCAUCUCCGCAAUUUUAGAACACGAUUUAUCUAGUUUUCUUUUGUGUUAGAUAUCGGAAUUACCUGUAGGCAAAUACUAAAGGAAUCCUGACUUUGUGUUAAACAUUUUUUCUGAAUUGCAACCAGUUUUCUGAUUGUGUGAAUUAAAUUCCUUUUGUUUACUACUGUAGGAAUUGGAGGCUAUGCGAGCAGACGGACUUGUACAGAUGGCCUCAGCAAAUGAUUCCAAGUGGCAGAAAGAUGCAGCCGACCAAAAUUUUGAUUAUAUGUUCAAAUUGUUAAUUAUUGGUAACAGUUCGGUGGGAAAAACAUCAUUUUUGUUCAGAUAUGCAGACGACUCAUUUACAUCUGCUUUUGUUAGUACAGUGGGUAUAGACUUCAAAGUAAAGACAGUAUUUAGACAAGAUAAACGUGUGAAAUUACAAAUAUGGGAUACAGCUGGUCAAGAAAGAUAUAGGACAAUAACAACAGCAUAUUACCGUGGUGCUAUGGGAUUUUUACUCAUGUAUGAUGUAACAAAUGAAGAAUCUUUUAAUGCUGUUCAAGAUUGGUGCACACAGAUAAAGACAUAUUCCUGGGAUAAUGCUCAGGUUGUUUUAGUGGGGAACAAAUGUGAUUUGGAAGAUGAACGUGUAGUGUCUAUGGAACGCGGCAAACAACUAGCUGAUCAAUUAGGUUUGGAAUUCUUUGAGACGUCUGCCAAAGAAAACAUAAAUGUAAAAGCAGUAUUUGAACGAUUGGUGGAUAUUAUCUGUGACAAAAUGUCUGAAAGUCUUGAUUCAGAUCCAACGCUUGUUAGCAGCCAAUCAAAGGGCACACGGCUAACAGAGAAUGCCAACACUCAAAACAGUGGCUGUUCUUGCUGAUCUUUCAGCUUGAGAAAAUAAAUAAAAUAUAAAAAUAUUUAAAAAAUAAUAAAAGUUACAUCAAGAUGUCAGGGGAAAUUAUCUAAUGAUAAUUAGUCAAGAUAUCAUUAAGACUGCUGAGAAAACCACAAUCUUUAUCCAUAUUUGAUACAGAGUAUUCUGCCCCUGACAUAUUAUAGUAUUUAAUAUAACAACCCUUGUAGGUCUAAAUAUAUUUCUCUAGUUAUUUAUUAAAUCUUGCGCAUUAUAUGUAGACAAAGUUUAGAUUGAAAACAAAAUAAGGGAACAAAUCAUUACUGUACAUGUUAAUUUCAUUAUAAACUGGAAAAAGAAAUGUACAUAGCUCAGUCUUCUCUAUUAGUCUCUCUAUGUGCAAUAUGUUAAACAAAGUGUUGAUAAUGAUAUUCAAUAUAGCUGGCUUAUUGUCUCUUUUAGUGAAGUUACCAUCUUAAAAAUUUUGUGACUGAUAGAGCCCUAUUAUAUUAUACUGAUCAUUGGAUCACUUGGAAAUUGUGUGGACAUGUUCAAACAUAACUUUUAUUUAAAUUUGGUGUAUGUGAUGACUGGUGAGUGAUAAAGUAGAAUGCCAGUGAUUUAAAUAAUUAAUGAACGAAUCAGUGUGCUCAACUCUUAGGUUAUUCGUUGUAGAAAUAAACAGCUGGUACAUACAUAUAGUAGGGGACCAAAGUAUGAUUGUUUUGUUGGCUUCACCGCCUACAAUAUUGUAGUUUUAGUUCUUCUGUAUGAAUUAGAUAACAUUCCAUUAUAACAGUGCUGUAUGUUAAGAUAAUAUUUAUUGAAAUAGGGUGUGGCAUCAUAGUACACAACAGAGUUUAAUUUUACUUUAACUUAUUUGUAUGAUGAAAUCGUGAUUGAAAUUUCGAGAAGAAAAAGUCAGAUGUUUGACCUAAAUUCUUAGAAGAGAUAGUAUUGACUCUGUUGUGUAUAUAUGAUAUAGAUGUUUAAACUAAUUUAAAAUAGAUUGUGCAACAUUAAUAACCACAAAGCAAAACUACCUGUAAACAUUGUAUUUAUUAAUUAUAUAUUUAUUUACUUUAUGUGAAAUCCAUUCCAAGACUUUGUACAUUCUGUUACUCUCAGAGUCUCGUAUACUACAAACAUUUCUAGUAUUAUUGUUACUUUAUGCUGUGGGUUUUUUUUUUUUUUUCAUCUACACAUAUUACAUGGAGGUAGGGGAUAUCUCAAAUAUUUCGUUUUACAUUUUGAUUUUUUUUCUCUUAAAUAUUUGAAAAAUACAAACUAAAUUCUGUAUGAUAUAUAUUUGGAAUAAGUUGUAUUUAUUUGGUAUUAUUAUUACUAACUAAAUGUUAAUAUGGUUAACAUGCCAGUAGUCAUAGAGUGUACAAUUUGGAUUAAUCUCUAUGAUUAUUGUUAUUAUGAACUUGUAAAUUAAAGUGUCACAACUUGUUGAAAUUGGGUUUGUUAGGGGAAUUUUUUGUGGUUGGUUGGUUUUUGUGAUAAAGUGAAAUCAAAAUCAUUUCUAAAUAGCAUAACUAUUUUUUAAACAUAGCAUCUGAAGUUGAUGUUGGAAUUGCUUCAGUCACGGUGUAAGAUACACAAUCUGAGAUUAAAUACACAUGGUGUGUAUAUUGAAACAUCUAGUCUUUUCAUGAAAGUCAUGUGAAUAAUGAGUGUUAUGACAAUAUCUAUGAAAUGGACAAUGUUUUAUGGAUGUCCUAUUACAUUGUAUUUGAUAUACAGUCUAUAAUAAACCUAAAUAAACCUAUUGUUACUGUUAGUUUUAUGAUAUAUUAUUAUAUAUGGUUGGUUAUAAUCUAUAGAAUGUCAAAUGUGAUAAAUGAAUGUUAAAUUGCUGUAAUUAAGCACUAAUUGUAGUUCUAGUUUCACUCAAUGCAUAAUGUCAUUUUUUUCUUUUCAAAAAUAUUUACCAUAAUAUUGUAGUUUUAGCUACAGUCAAUGAAUUAUUGUGUUAUAGAUUAAUAGGCUAUCAAUUCUUGCAGUUUCUCUGGGACAUCAGAUGGGAAAAAUCUUUUGGAAGAUAAUUUGUUCAAGCAUUUUGCGAAUAUCAAGUUGGAAUGUAAAAUGCUUCUAAAAUCAUGAAUUGAUAAUUACUAUAUGAGCUCAGUUGAUUGUCAGUAUAUAUAUAUACCAACAUCCUUUCAUUCUGUAGAGAUGCAUGUUUUCCAAAAAUAUAUAAUAUGAAGACAAUCAUGUCCCUGAUCAUUUAUUUGUUCAUCCAUGACUGGAUAUUCCUAAUAGUGCAAUAUUUAUUAUAAGGAUAAAACUCCCUCUCUUGAGUAAAACAUCAUUAGGGGAUUAUUUACACUAUAUAACAGAAUUUUUGUGAAACAUUGUGUGCUGUGAUUACUUUAUCCUCCUAAUUUUUCUGAAAGAGAAUUGAUUUCUUCUGUAUAAUAUUAUAAUGUAGUAGGUAGAAGAAAGUGGGGUCUAUCCCUAUUUGUAACUAUUAACAUUUCUCUAUAAUAAUUACAAAAUGUGGCCAUCAGUUUAUUGUAUUUAUGUAUGUAGGAGAAUCUCAAAGUGUUUAUUUAGUAAUUUUAUUUCUCUCUCUAUAUAUAUAUUAUACUAUUGCUCAUGGUGUUUAUCUGGGAUAUUGAUAACAUGUAUCAAAUCUUUCACCAGCAUACUAUAGUAGUUGAGUACAUUAUAUACAUGAACCUGUAGACAGUACAAGAAAUAAACUUAUCUUAGGUCAUA